AUUGUUUCUCCGGGAUUACUGGGAGGGGAUUACCGCAGAGAUUACCGGGGCGAUAAUUGGUUACGCAGGGCCUUAUAGGAGGAGGAGGUCUUAACGGUCUCCGUGUGAGCAGGGAGGGGGGGGUAGUUUCAGAAGGAGGUGCCCGGGCAUCUGUGCCCCCUCUCUGCUCUUCACUUUGUGAUCUUCAUUGGUGUCUUUCACAUCGUCGUUGGCUCUCCACUUGCCUGCUCCCCGACCUGCACCUUCGCGUUCCUCUCUCCGACCUCCACCCCCUCGUCCUUCCACUCUCCACCCUUCAGUUUCCACUCUUCAACGGUCUCUUUUCGCUUCGUAGCCCACACCCUAUAUAGAUUUCUCAUCGUCCAUUCUCCACUCUGUGCUCUCCACUCUGAGUCUUCCCCUCUUCGCCGUACGCUCUGUACCCUCGCACUCGGCUACUCAUCACGGAGUUCUUCGACCUUCACGUCCGCCUCUCCGCGCCUCAUGGCCAGCGACCCCAAGAAAAAAGUGAAGGUGGGGGAGCUGCGCCGUCUAAGCGCGCGGUUCCACAAACUCGACCUGGACUCUUCCGGGGCGUUGAGCGCGGAUGAGUUCCUGUCGCUCCCGGAGCUGCACAACAACCCCUUGGUGCGACGCGUGGUGGACAUCCUCGACUCGGACGGAGACGGAGAGGUCGACUUCGCAGAAUUCAUCGAAGGAAUCUCGCGAUUCACCAUCAACGGCACCAAAGAAGAGAAGUUAAAGUUCGCCUUCCAGAUUUACGACGUGGACCGCGACGGCUUCAUCACCAACGGGGAGCUCUUCGGCGUGCUCAAAACCAUGGUGGGCCGCAAUCUGCGCGACCCGCAGCUCCAGCAGAUCGUGGACAAGAGCAUCAUCUCGGCCGACGCGGACGGCGACGGGAAAGUCUCCUUUCCCGAGUUCUGCACGAUGAUCGGGGACCUGGACUUCCACUCGAAGAUGCUCAUGGAGAUUUGAAACGCGUGGAGAUUUGAAACGCGUGGAGAUUUCCGUUCACAGCACCCUCCUCUACUUCCUCCAACAACACCGCCACUACCAGAGUUCACCACCACUAUCACCAAUAAGCAUUGCCAUUACGCUGAAAGCGGGUCUUUCGGAGAAACAAACACUGCAGCUCUUGGUUUCGUUUUACAAAAGACGGAUCCAGCGUCAUCAGAGAACCCAAUGAGACAAAUAUUUAUUUUUAAUCACUGGGAUCGAAGUCUCGUCAAGUCUUAUAAUUUGGCAAAAACUAGGGAAAAUGAGUACAUUUGCUACAAAAACACAUCAGAUUCUCUCCGUCACUGCUUGAACUGCAGAUAUCAUCAGCAGCAUCGUCACCCGAGCCACAGUAAGAAUUAUCAGUCACCACCAAUCCACAAUGCUGGAUGAAGGCCUCCCCAAGGCUUCAUCUCUCACGGUCCUGCAAUGCAACAAUUCACACACCACUGAUGCAUGAGCUGACCUCGUCACUCCAGAACCGUGGUGGACGUCCUCUUGGGCGCUUUCCCUCCUUUUGCUGUCACGCGGUAGUUAGUCUUGCCCAUCAGCUAUCAUCCUAGGCCUACUUACGUUUAUUAUCGAUCUGUUCACCUGCGUUAUUGCUAAUCCUCUUUGGCAGUGUAAUUCCAAACCCAUCUCUCCACGCUUUGCGCACUUCACCGAAUUAAGUGAUCAGACUUUCAUUAAACACGGGAGUUGUUCUUAAACCUGCGUGCUCCUCGCCCCAACUUACGCCUUCUUAAUAACCGACGUGAAAAAACAAAUCCAAGAACGCAGUGCAUUGUGGAUAAUAACGUUAGCGGUUUAUUCACUCGGCCUCACGUCGUGAGGGACCGUGGCCGUGCCGACCGCGAUCGGCACGGCCGCACCACCCUCAUCACCAUGGCGCCAGGCGCCCAUUUUAACGAGCACACGUUGCAACCCGUUGUCAGUCCACUGCUGGAUGAGGGCCUCCCCACAGUGCGAGUUGUGGGGGCUAUUUGACCACACGUCCCCACACGUUGGUCAUUGCGUGUUGGCAGAGGGAGCAUAGACGUGGUAACAUAGGAGAAGAGCACAACAAUUGGUUUACAUGCAAUGCCCCCUACUGUCCACAACAUAGCCCCACCGCUGCCUAUAUUCACCUUGUAGCGUGCACGGCAGUCACCCAUCAGAGCGCUAUCCAGGCUCAAAUCUGCUUAGCUUCCCGAGACGUGAUGAGAUCGGGCACGUUGCAGCCGAUCUGGCCGUAGGCGUUGAAAGCACGGUGCACGGCCCCAGCCGCAUAGCGUUGCGGUGCCUCGCAGGAGCCGUUUGAGAGACAAUCGCUUCCUCACCGAAGAAUACAAAUAAUACAAUAAAACAGAGUCCAAGGUUGGAUUCCAUCUCCGGAGCGGUAUCCCGGGGGAUAGUUCCUGGUGCUCCUUCCCCCCCCUCCCAUCCGCCGAUCCGCGAUGAAGGCAGCGGACGAGACGCCAGCUUCAGAAUCUCUCGGCGGAUCUGGUGGCCACGGCACGCAGAUUCCCGUAAACCUUCGAGGGGGGGCUCCCUGCAAAAAACACACACGGGGGUGGGGUUGGGGGGCAGGUGAAGCAAGCAGGAAGUAGUAACGUGUACACCCUAUGGGUGUAUAGAUUGUCAAGCGGAUUUCCCAAUUGUACGAUCUCGACCACUGCCACCCCCCUUCCCGAUUGUGGUGCGAGCUACGGUUACGCAUCAUCACCAUCGUUUAUUAUAAUUAUUUAUUCCGCGCACCUCCCACUGCAGUACAUCUCGGGGUGACCACGCGGUGUGACGUAUGUAUGUUGUACUUCUUUCGCACCAUACGUAGCCAACCGUGCUAUUUGUACCUAAGAUGAGGUUGCAUAUCGCCGUCCUCGCAAUCUUGAUGUUCUGGAAGGAGCCGAGGAUGUGCACCUUCCUGUGGGAAAACAAACGACGAGAAGUGAAACGCGGUCGUACACAACACCAAGCGUUGGCAGAAAAAAUAAUCCAAUGUCUUCAGCAGUAGUGGAUUUAGGACGUAAACUGUACUAAAUUGUAAUUAAUUGCGUUUUGACGUUAAUACUGUCUUGUGUGACGAGGCUAACUGUUUCAGAGUUAAGUCCAACUAAAAUACAAGUCAAUUAGGAUCUGUGUACACAGCAUCUAAGCACAGGUGCAUCUGAAGACUAGGCUUGUAUGGAUUCAUCUAGGGACGGGAAAACAGAGAGACCGACGGAGAGAUGGACGGACAGUGAGAGAUGGAUGGACAGAGGAAUAGAAGGAUGGAGAGUUGAACAGAGGGACAGACAGAUGCACAGACGGAUGGGCAGCCAAGAUGGAUCGAGGAACAGAAAGACAGAUGCCUUACGUGUCGGCCAGCACGAUGCGGGAGCGCGUCACGUUCUCGAUAGUGAACUUGGUCUUGCCUCCCUUGCCUGCAAUGCGCCCCACGGCACGGGAGAGGUGGUCUCCCUUCAGUGGCUUCACUGUGGGGGCGGGGGUGGAGGGGGCGGUAAGCGAUAGCACGAGUUGAUCUAAAAAUGCAACGCAAACCAAAACCGAACCGUCCUCGUGGCUACCGACCUACACAUCGAUUCGGUGAGGUUUUAGGCUUCGUCAAUGACAAAAACUUCGAAAUAACUGUCAAGCAUACCGUCAUCACGCGCAUGCUUGAUAGUCAUUUAAACAAAUAAAAUCUAUUGGAGAAUUUAU